GUAAAUCCGAUCAACGCCUAUGCUCGCGCGUUUUCAUCCAUACCAGCCUUCCUUUUCACCGAUAUACUUCUUUAUGUGCCAGUAAUGUGGUUGGAACCAAUAGCUAUGAUAACUUCCAGAUCACUGGUCGUUUGGGGUCGCAGUAAACUCUCUCAACAAAUAGCAGCAAUUUUUUUGAUGAUUGCACGAUCAGCUGAUGUAGCAACAGUUGGCUAUAUGUAUGCCUACUUCGAUAAGGAUGCGUAUUUGAAGAUGGUUCGUGAGCCGGAUAAAUCCGCCGCGUACCCAAUGAAAUCAACGCACGAAUCGCAUUUCACUCAUUUUCGGAAGGCUUUUAUUUCGCAAUACUCACAAGCCAUGUGGAACGAAGUGGAGGACGGUAAAUUACAGCAGUUCAACGGUUUCGCAGAAUUGAUCAGGACUCUGACUGGAACACUUUGUGCAAUAAUGUUCGGUUGGCUAGGUUUCGAUUGGCAGCAGUGGGGCGAGUUGAUCAUCGCAUUCGGAUCAGCAAUUCACGCGAUCAAUUUGCUGAUAACCGCUCGAGCAGAUUCGAUUUGGGUGAUGUACACCGCUAAUGUGGUGUAUAACGGUUUCAAUGAAAUCAUGUUCCUCAUUAUUAAGAUCAAUCUGGCAUCUGCAGUUAAGUUCGGAUCAUUCGCAUUCGUGUUCGGUCUUAAUUAUUUCGUCUCACAGGUUGCACAAGCCAUUCUAUCCUUCGUGGUUGCAGAUAGCCAUGCCCUUGGACUGCCCAUCCGAUCACAGUACUUGGUCUAUUCGGGAUGUCACCUUCUAAUAGCAGUACUCGUGUUGGGUUCAAGCGUAUGGAUGUCGAUCAAGCCAUGCAUUUCUUCACAAAAUCACAUUACUCCUAAUCUAUGCUCACAGAAUCUUGAACCGGCUGAAUUUUUGAAGAUAAAUGCUGAUAACGACCGAACGAAUAAGCACAUUCAAGCGCAAACAAACACUCGAUUGAGUAAACAAAAUCAGAAAAUUGUCUGA